AUGGCGACAGCUGGACCGGGACUAGCCAGUCAUGCUCAGGCUCUGACGCAGAGGAUCCAAAGGUUUACGAACCCAGAACUGAAGGAAAUUUGCAGAAGCGAGAAUCUACAAGUAUCUGGUACAAAAGCCGUGCUUCAAAGGCGGAUAGGCGAUCAUAUCAGUUUACUUGUCGCGGAAGGCAACGCUAUCCGUUUUGGUAAUCUACGUAAAAGAAUCUAUGAUAUAGCCGGAGGGCCCCCGCCAGCACCUAUACAUUCCACGAUGCCACCACACGCGCCCCACGGUCGCACCGUGGCGAAUAGCCAAUAUGGCCCACCACUUCCUGCUUCUGGCCGGUCGCAGUUUCACUCAAGAAUGAUGUUCAAAGAUUCUCCGUUCAUAACGAGACAACAGCUUUUGGCGCAACCGCUACACCUAUCAGCCACACCGUCCGGUAAAGGAUCUUCCUCGACGCCGAUUACCCUGACAGGAGAAAUUGCACUGCGCUUCAAAACAGAGGGGGAUCUGAAGAUAUUGAUAUAUGCGGCACCGGAUAGCCCGCUUGGAGGCCAAUAUACCCAUACUCUAGUGGAUAUUGCCUUUCCCCAACAUAUCGAAGUCAGGGUUAAUGGAGAUGAGGUGCGGCAUAAUUUCAAAGGGCUUAAAAACAAGCCCGGCUCAACGAAACCAGCCGAUAUCACGGACAAAGUCCGAAAAAACGAAGGCUAUAAGAACACUCUUACAGUCACGUAUGCGUACACGGACAAGGCAAGUCACCCGCCGUCGCCAACAAAACAGAAAUGGGUGUUCGAAGCACAUCUUGUACGCAAGCACACAGCUGAAAGUCUUGCUAAACGAAUUGAGCAAAAGGGUGUAUUCACGAAAGAAAAGGUCCUGAGAGAUAUGCAAAGGAAGGCAGAGGACCCAGAUAUUAUCGCAACGUCAAGUGUAAUGUCCCUGAAGGAUCCAGUAUCCGCGUCACGCAUCACAUUACCCUGCCGGUCAAACGUCUGUUCGCAUAAUGGCUGUUUUGACGCUACUUCAUUUCUUCAGCUUCAAGAGCAGGCGCCAACCUGGGCAUGUCCACUGUGCAAUAAGGCGAUAUCAUAUGAAGCUUUGGCUAUCGAUCAAUAUUUCCAGGAAAUUCUGCAAAAGACGUCGAUUUCAACAGAGCAAGUCACGAUCGAGCCUGAUGGCCGAUGGCACACCGGGGCAACGGAAACGCCCAAUACAAGAAGCAACGGAAAACAGCCGAUGCAGACUAACUAUGAUGACGAGGACAGUGAUGAUCUUGUGGAGAUAACAGAUCUAUACAUCAAACCGGCAUCAUUGUUAAUCAAGGACGAGGCCUUCGACAGGCCCAGCAAUGCUCUACUCGCCAGCACGCCUCCAAUGUCUGCUCGAGUGUCAGCAGCCCCAGGAACUGGAUCUGGGACCCCUCGAAGUGGCGGUAACGGAAACAAGAGGAAAAUUGAAGUAAUUGAUCUCACCUUUUCAAGCGAUGAAGAAGCUCCUCCGCCAAAGCGGCCUGCUGCUGAUGCAACACGAAGGAGCAUGAAUGGGCUCAACAGUCCGUACACGAAUGGGAGCUCUGGCCGUACGUCAAAUGGCUCUACAUCGUAUAGCACGCAUGCGCACUCAAGACCAUCUAACACUGGUAUGCCGUAUCGCGAGCGCUCCCACCAUGCCUACACUCCUCCCACCUUGCCUCCUCCCCCUCCACAAACCAUUCCUCGCGCAUCGGACUAUUCAUCUGCCAACUACAGAUCUCCGCCCCCGGCCCAUCGAUCGUAUUACUCUCCGCAGCAGUACUAG